AUGAGGCAUGUGGAGAGCAUUAUGCGACAAAGAGCUCUUGAAGGUUCGAAUGUCGACAAGGGAGAUCCUUCGAAAGUUUUCAACUAUGAAACUAUCGAAUCAAGAGUGAUGUUUGACCAUAUGUACUCUUUUGAGAAGAUUCCUAAGAAGAGUUAUGUGGUGACAAACACUGAUUAUGGGCAACUCGACUUUCCGAUUAAUGAGAUGAUGUUCGUCAUGCCACAGUUUAAAGCAGAGUCAAAGAAUAUGGAUGUCAAAGAAGGAAAGAAGAUGAAAAUUCGAUUUCAUGCUGUGUUAGCUAAAGCUCAAGAAGAAGUAUGGGCAAGUGGGAAGAUACAAGAGUUCACAAUAGCUGACUUUCCAUUGAUGAACACGUAUGAUCUCAUCAAUGUUGCACUGAUUCUCAAAGACAAGUCCUUUUCUUAUCUCCAAGAAACAGAACAUGAUGUCUUCAGUCUUGGGUGUAGGCAUAUAAAAGUUUUCUUGGAAAAUUAUUUCGAAUGCCUAGCUCAAACUGAUAUCGAGCUUGCUACUGUCAAAGGCAUCGACAUCACUGCUCCAAUGGCUACUACAAAGAAGCAGGUGGAAUUGAAGAAAUACAAAGACGGAGAAAUUUGUUUAAAGCCGUUGGGGAUAGUCUUCGCUGGAAAAGACAAAGCUGGAAGGGCCAAGAGAUUCUUUAAACAACAACAGGGGAUGUCGAUUAUUAAAGUUUAUGGAGCAAAAAUAAAAAUAAAUAAACGGAGAGAAAGAUGCGGAGUACACACCAAGCGCACAAUAACAAUCCAACCUUCCUCAAACAAGUCAUUUGUUUCCUCAUUACUUCUUGUGCUGUUGGCAACAUCCUCCCACAAUUCCUGUUUCUUCGAACAACAACAACGCUGCUAUCAGCAACAGCAAACUCGCAUUCAGAAGAUUGCGAUUGUGUUCUGCGUUUUAAUCGAUAUAUCAACUGUGCCGAUGCCCACACCUAUGUUUCUUAUUCGAAGGACUACAAUUUGGGACAGAAGACAAAUCUUAUACAUCAUGAAAUACAAGAAAGGAAGUAUCGUGGAGGUGUUUGUGAAUGACAAAUUUAGUCACCAUUCAUGGCGUUGUGCUAAGAUAUUUUCCAACAAUGGAGACAAUUAUACUGUGAGUUAUGAUAUCUACCCUGGUUUCACCAACAAAGAAGAUGUGCAACAAAUAUCUCAGAAAUCCAUUCGACCUUGUCCCCCUCUAUUAGAACUCCCAGAAUCUUGUGUUCCUGGUGAUGUAGUUGAAGUCUUUCACAAUCUUUCAUGGAAGAUGGCAAUUGUUUUGAAUGCUUUGAAUAUGGAACAAUUUGUUGUAAGAUUAGUUGGAUUUUCUCAAGAGCUCAAAGUAACCAAAUUAGAACUCCGUGUGCCACAAUCUUUUCAAAAUGGUGAAUGGAUUGUUAUUGACAAGUUUAAGACAUUAAACUCGAAUUCUUGUAAAGUUGAAAGUGUCAUGAGUUCUAGUGACAGUUGUAGCAUUAAUAGCUAUAAUGGAUCUGAUUGUUUUGAAGAUAUUGAAAGGCGUGAUAGUGAUGCAGAGUCUGUUUGUGAAAUGGAAGAUGAUGAUGAUGAUGAUGAUGAUGAUGAUGAUGGGUGUGUGUCAUUGGAGGAUGAAAUCCAUAGACUUGAGUUGAAUGCAUAUCGAUGCACAAUGGAGGCAUUACAUGCAUCGGGACCUUUAACAUGGGAAAAAGAAACAAUGGGCCAAAGUAGUGGCUUGCUUGCUUGUACACCUUUUGCUUCUGCAUCAGUAAGUUGAUGUUGGACAAAUGUGACACGUGCAGAAUCAGUUGAUGUUGGAAAAAGGUUUUACUUUAGGUAAAAAUACAGUUUUUUUUUACUUGGCAUUGUUGUUAUCUUUGCUUAUUGGUACAGGACAUGAUAUGACAUGACAAGAAGACAUGACAAAACAUUGAAUAACAUAACAUAAACAGAAUAUGACGUAUGAUGUUUGAUAU